AUGGUUUGUGUGGACGAUCCGAGCGUGAAUAGAGCUCUUCCGUGGACGGAAAAAUAUCGGCCAGUGGGUUUGAGUGAAGUGGUUGCACAUAAAGCGAUAGUUGAUGUCAUCAACAAGUUUGCGGAUGGCGGCCAGCUUCCGCACUUACUGUUCCACGGCCCCCCGGGAACGGGAAAGACGUCCACAAUCUUGGCGCUCGCUAAAGAGCUUUAUGGAUUGAACUUUUCUAAUAUGGUUCUUGAACUGAACGCCUCCGAUGCGCGUGGUAUUAAUGUCGUUCGUGAUGAAAUCCAAUCAUUUGCAUCGACCAUGCGACCCUUUUCGACGACAUUCAAACUCGUUAUUAUGGACGAGUGUGACAGCAUGACCAAAGACGCACAGUUCGCGCUGCGGAGAAUUAUGGAAAAGUACACUCAGCAUACGCGCUUUUGUUUGAUAUGUAAUUACGCCUCCAAAGUCAUCCCAGCGCUGCAAAGCAGGUGCACGAAAUUUAGAUUCUCUCCAAUUGCGUCAGGAGAUAUGUUGCAGCGACUGCGGCAUAUCGUGAAUAGCGAAAACUUCAGUAUUUCUGAUAACUCACUUGCGACAAUCCAGAAACUUGGCGAAGGUGAUAUGCGGAAGACCGUCAACAUACUUCAGAGUGUCAGUCUGUCGGCAUCUGUUGUCACAGAUGACGCAAUUCAUUUGAUAACAGGUCAUGUUGGCCAGCUCCAAGUGGACGAGCUGUUGCGAUUUCUCCUCAACGAACCACUCCAAGGGACUUUUGAACAUUUUAAUCGUCUGAAAUGUACUCAGAACUUUGCGCUGGUCGACAUCGUCAAGCCUCUAUCUGAGUCUUUGCUUACCCUGCAUAUGGCGGCGGGAACGAGAGCACGGUUGCUCAGAGGACUUUCAGAUAUUGAGUACUCUCUGAGUUUCGCUUGCUCUGAGAAAAAUCAAACGUUGUACCUGAUAUCCUUAUUCCAUCAAGCAAGAUUUGAGAUGACGCGACAUAGCUAG